CAUGAAGGGUUUGAUUCAAGUCGGUACUUGAUUUUCUUCCCGUUGUUACUGGCUUCUUUUGAGUCCAUUCUUGGAUAUAUGUUAUCUCCUGAUAAGGGCAUUGUGUGAAAAGAACGUUCCUUCUGUGCCUUAACAUACUGAAAUCAUAAACUCAGAAUGAGUAUAUCAGCUGAAGUAGUUGAACCUACGGGUGAGGUUAUUCUUUGGGAAGUAGUGCCUGUAUCAUUGGAGCAAAGGAGAUCUGAUCACUUGACAGAAAGGAAAAAGGCUUUACGAGCCCGUUAUGUAUAUGGCAUAAUCUUCUUAAUAACAAAUCUUUGUGCUUGGUUUGUUCGUGAUUAUGGGCAAAGGGUGUUACCUGAGCUCCACUAUUUGAAAUCUUGUGGACAUGGUGGAAGUGAUUGUUUUCAUACACAAGGAGUUCUCCGUGUGAGUUUAGGAUGCUUUAUAUUUUUCCUUCUAAUGUUCCUGACAACAUGUAAAACAAGAAAACUAUAUAAAGCUCGCAAUGCAUGGCAUUCUGGGUGGUGGGGAUCAAAGCUGUUUGCAUGGCUUGUAUCAAUGAUGAUUCCGCUCUUCUGCCCUUCCAAUUACAUUCAUUUAUAUGGUGAACUUGCUCGUGUUGGUGCAGGGAUUUUUCUCGUUCUCCAGCUUAUAAGUGUGAUCCAGUUUAUUAGAUGGUGGAAUAAGUACUGGAUGCCCGAUGAGCAAAAGAAGCAGAGCUGCUCCCUUGGCUUGUUCAUGUCUACAUUGUUUUACAUCGCGUCGAUGUGUGGAAUUGCAGUUAUGUAUUCAUCAUAUGCGAUGAAAUCAUCAUGUGCUCUCAACAUCUUUUUCAUCAUAUGGACUGCAGUUCUACUUAUCGUAAUGAUGUCUGUGUCCCUACAUUCCAAGGUAAACAGAGGUCUUUUAUCUUCUGGAAUCAUGGCUUCAUACAUUGUUUUCCUAUGUUGGUCUGCUAUCAGAAGUGAACCUGCCAAUGAGGAAUGCAACCCACAAAGACAAGGGAAUGCAAAUGGUGAUUGGACUACCAUACUAGGCUUCCUGAUCGCAAUAUGUGCUAUUGUCAUGGCAACUUUUUCCACUGGUAUUGAUUCACAAUCAUUUCAGUUUCGGCAUAAUGAAGUUCAACAUGAAGAUGACAUCCCUUACAAAUAUGGAUUCUUCCACCUAGUAUUUUCCUUGGGGGCCAUGUAUUUUGCAAUGCUAUUCAUCAGUUGGAACCUCAAUAACUCAGCUAAGAAGUGGAGCAUUGAUGUUGGCUGGGCUAGUACAUGGGUGAAGAUUGUCAAUGAGUGGUUUGCAGCCUCAAUAUAUAUAUGGACAUUGUUUUCCCCAGUUCUGAGGCAGUCCAAAGUUAUGGAUCAUGAAGAACCUGUUCAGGAGAUUGACAGCUCAGAUGUGCCAUGAGUGAUAAUAGACAAUACUGCAUAUCUCCAUUGUCCAUUGCUAUCAUUAUUCUUUUUGUAUCUAUAUUCUUUGAGCCCUGCAUUAAAGAAAGAUAUACAAUUGUUUGGACAUCAAGAACAAGAUGCAUACAAUUGUUGUGUAUUCUCUAAUGUAUACGGUCUAGUUGAUUCACAUGUUAGUCAUGGAA